AUGUCAGUCGCCGCAACGCCGUCGCCAUCGCCGCUGCUGUUGGUCCCUGCGACGUCGCCAUCGCCGCUGCCGUCGGUCCUCGCGACGCCGCCACCCUCGAUUCUCGCAACGCCGCCGCCGUCGGUCCUCGCGACGCCGCCGCGGUCGGUCCUCGCGACGCCGCCGCGGUCGGUCCUCGCGACGCCGCCGCGGUCGGUCCUCGCGACGCCGCCGCGGUCGGUCGUCGCGAUGUCGCCGCAGUUGGUCGUCGCGACGCCGCCGCCGCCGCGGUCAGUCGUCGCAACGCCGCCGCCGUUGGUCCUUGCGACGCCGCAGCCGCCGCCGCCGUUGGUCCCCCCGACGCGGGAAUUAUUCAAAAUGUUGAUGAAAACGCGGCACCUCCACGAAGAUUAAGAGGAACUAAAGCCGGCAAGCGGCGGCAUGGGAAUAAUUUUUUUUACAUGUUAUUUAAUAUGGCGGAGAGUUUCAACAAUUAUUAUGGGAGAGGAGGAAGAGGAAGAGGAAGAGGACGAGGACGGGGACGGGGACGAGGACGUUACGUUUUUUAAUUUAAGGUUUUUGUUUUUUGGUUCAUCAGUUUCAUAUACUGUGUAAUUGUUUUUGUUAAAUAAAAUUGUGUUUAAAAAUGUU